AGCCCGCGGCGGAGGCGCUGGGCUUUCAUCCGCGGAGCGGCGGGAGCCUGACGCGUUGCUUGGGUCGUCUCCGACGGUCGCGCGGGAGUCGGCAGCAGCCUCAGUCGCGUUCAGCUUCUGUGACCGUGUCAGCGGCGAUCCCUGACGCAGCGAGAGGAUGGUGGUCCGCGUGUUCGUCGCCUCAAGCUCAGGCUUCGUGGCGAUCAAGAAGAAGCAGCAGGAUGUGGUUGGAUUUCUGGAGGCCAACAAGAUCGAGUUCGAGGAGGUAGACAUCACCAUGUCGGAAGAACAGAGGCAGUGGAUGUACAAAAACAUCCCCCCUGAGAAGAAGCCUGCACAGGGCAACCCUCUGCCGCCGCAGAUAUUCAAUGGGGAUCGAUACUGUGGAGACUAUGACAGCUUCUUUGAAUCGAAGGAAAGCAACACAGUCUUUUCCUUCUUAGGCCUGAAGCCACGGCCAGCAUCCACGGCUGAACCCUAGAGGUAAGGAGCAGAAGGUGAUGAAGUUGCGUUUUUGGAGCACCCCCUGGGACUCAGCACUCACCUGCUUACCUGAUGCAUCACUGUGACAAAGCCACACACACAAUCAGUUACUUCGCUUGACCUGGAGAAGGUGUCUUUGGAGGACAUGGGAAUAAUGGGGACUGCAUGAUUGCUCUGAGCCAAUCAGGAUGGUGGUGGUGGAUUCUCUUAUUUUCUGAUUCGUCUGUAGUUGCCUCACAUAUGUGAAAGUACUCUCCCCCGUGAUAGGUCAGCUUCCUUAACGACUGACAGAUAAUUGGGCAGCACCGUCAGGGUAAAACGUUGGACAUGUUUUAUUAGAAACCAGUUUUGCAGAAACCCAUUCCUCUCUAAGCUGCCUGCCUCCCAUCCUUGAAACGAUUUUGCCAGGAUGGUAACAUCAUUGAAUCUGAAAGAAGAAAGCAAUGCCAGGUGACAAAGGACUCUGAGGGUUCUUGUUGUAGAGUGACAAAUGUCACCACUCUGGUACUUUGUAAUAACACCUGCUGGAAAAGUGAGAUGCCCUAAACUCGUUCUGUGAUGGAAACCCUCACUCCUAUAAAUUCUCCAGGUGCUUCCCAAGCCACCAUUACAAUAUCAAAUGAUCAUGGCCAAGUUAUGGGGCAGAAAAGAAUUGCUGUUUUGGAAAAUGUCUCCUUUAUCUCUUGCAAGGGGGAUGUUUCACUAUAUGCAUAAGACUAAUUGAGAAAUGUAUUUUAAGAAGUGCUCCGCUUACAUAUAGUGAGUUAAUAGAGUUUGCUCUGUCAGUACGCACAGGCGUUUGUAGCUCUUGUAGUUUGCUUACACACACAUGCACAUAUAUUUUUAAAUGCAGCUCCCCAAAGUAACAGCUGCUUGUUCUAUUUUGUGAAGGGAAUAUAUUUUUGGAGAAAGAAAAUGCUUGGUUAGAUAUAUUUUGUGAGCCAUUGGCACCAGUCCUGCUGGGGCGGGGGCUGGGGCUGGGGCUCAGUGGUAGGACGUCUGCAUAGCACACACAGGUUCUGCACUCAGCUCCAGUACACUGGAAAGGAAAAAGGAGACACCAGGAUUGCUGCCUAGUGUGACUUCCCAUGUCACCCACCUUCAUCUCUACUUUCCUAGUUCAUAUUUCAGACACUUCCCAGCCUUAGGGUUUUUAGAAUAACACAGACACACACUCUUGCUUGAUAUAGGAGCACAAGUGAGAUUUCAGAGCAGCACAGUCAGGAAAGGGCUGUCAAGAGCAUGGUACUGAAUGGUCCUCAGGAAGCAAAGUGCCUGCUCCCUCUGGGUGAACACUGGAGUUUCAUAUCACCGGAGCAGAGAUUAACUUUCCUGUAUCCUGGCAUAUUUAGAGUUAAUUUCAUACAUAGGGAUAGGCUUGACUAGGAUAAAGAGCUGACUGAAAUCUCUUAGCCCUAUAGGCAUGAUGCUGGGCCUUUCACUCUGAUUCUGAGAAGGAAAUGUUUGAGAAAUUAAGAGAUGAAACAGGCAGCCCUCUCUGCCACUCCCACCGAGCUUGGCUAACUGGGCUGUUCUGCAGUAGUUUUUAAAUGCUGAAGCUGAGAUCUUGUUGCGGUCCUGUGGCAACAAGGAGAGAGGCGGACAGCUUUCUUUAUGAAUGGACCAAAUGACUGAUACACAAUUUUCUUUCCAAGGAAAGGUUGCCGGGGUGUGGGUAUUAGUGGCUAGUUGGCAUUAAACAAGAUCCAGGUAAAAUUCCACUUGAUAAAUCCCAGGGAGUUUCCAGAGUUUCGUGUUUUGUGUUUUGUUUUGUUUUUCCUCCUCCAACUGGAUAUUGUGCUUGAAUUUGUGAGUCUUCUGACAAGACACACUUCUCUUCAAAACAGAGCAAUUUUUAAAUUGUCGUUGUGUAAUCAACCCAGGUUUCGUUGAUCUACUUACUUACAUCGAGUCUACUCUUGCCAGUGAGUGCCAAGAACCAGUUUGGCAAAGUGAAAUCUUAGCAUGUUUUGUAUUGUAGGAGCAAUAACCUUACACUGUUGAGGAGACAGAGGAAGCUACCAAGAUUUGUCAUCUAUCUUUUUAAUUGUCCAUAUCAUACCUACUAUGACUGUGUUUAACACGCUGAAUAGAUGGUGGUUGUACAAUCGCUAUCGCAGUUGCAUAUCAUUUCCUUGCCAUGAUCCUUCUGGGGAACAUUGGGGAGUCAGUCAAGAAAAAUGAGAUUAGAGGUUGUGACUUGUUUUGGUGACCAGAAACCCAAUUUGGAGUCACCUGCAGUUCCCAGACAACAGUGUGUGCAGAGCACGCAGGCCCUUGUAUGAUUUCCAGUCUGCCUGUCUCACUGACUUCUUUCCUUCCCUUCUUUCCCCUUUUCCUGCUUGUUGUUUUUUUAGACAGUCUUGCUAUGUAGACCUGGAACUCGCUUCUGCUUCUGCUUCUGCCUCCCAAAGGCUAGGAUCACGUACUUGCUGAAAUAGUGUUCUGAUUCCCUUUCAUUAGCUUGCCUUUAGAUUGGCUCACCACUAUCUUCAGAGCCUAGGAAAGAAAUGCAGGUAUGGACAUGGUGCCAGCAACUCUCAAGGCAUAGUGUUGACUUCCUGUCCACUUGUGGGACGAAGGAAGUGUGCUGAUGACCAGACCGUGCCAUUUGACCAUUAGGUGAGCGUGAAGCGCCAUACUGCUAGGUGUCUGCAGACCAGAAGACAAUUUAGUUCAGGAAAUAUUUUGCCAAAUUCUGGGGGGGUUUAUGAAAAUCAAAGAGGAAAAAAGGAAAUAUUUUGCCCUUAGAUGCUAAUAUAUUUUAGGCUUUCUUUUUCUGCUUUAUAAAGUUAACCCAAUAUUUACAUUUUCAUAUUGUGUGAAUUUAACCAUCUAAAUAUGUUUUUCUUUUGUUAUUGAAGGUACCAAAGGCUUUUUAUGUUUUGUUUGGUUUGUUUGAGUUUAUUGUGGGGGGUUGUUUUUUUUUUUUCUAGAAAUACCUUUUAUAUAGACUUGUCCCCAAGUGUCUGGGUCUGCUUCAGUCUGUGUAAUUGUUUUUUACCUCAGUUUGUUUGUGUUUGUCUCUCAAGGCAUUGGUGAAUCUCAGAUUUUAUAUUCUGCAUUAAAGGAGAAUAAAUUACAGAAAACAUGCGUUAUAAAACUGGAGUUGUUUCUUCCCAUUCUCUCAUUUUCCAACUUUUAUUCUAGAGUUAGCUUGGAUCCUUCCUGUUGCUUUAGGAAGCUUGAAUUUUCGCUCACAUCCAUGUUACAGUUACAGAGCUCCCACAGCGACUGACUUAAGAAUGCCUGUGGUUUUGUCUGGGAACACUGGGAGGAGAACAGAGCCCUCUCUGGCCGCCCAGGACUAAGGUGGGGGUCACUCAGCAGCUGGUCUAGGUGUAUCAUGUACUCUUCCAAGUACACCGAGGCCCCUAAUGAUUUGUCCUAUCCCGGCUGCAGAACACACUGGAGGUGGCCACAACUCCUCUCACUUGGGCUUCUUAUGAUCCACGUUUGGAAACAGAAGCAAACACUUCUGAAGGCAGGGGCUGAGGUUGGGUUCACCUAGAAACAGUUGCAGAACUUAAACUCCAAGCCAGAUGGAGGUUGGAGGAGGGGUCAGAAGCAACAAGCUAUAAGCUGGCAGAGCUGUGUCUGCACAUGAAACCAAAUCAGCAGACAGCCCUGCCUGCUUGUGACCCAGAUUCCAAAGCGAGGGCUUCCUAGUUCUAGACGCACAGGCCAGAUUAGCAUGGCUGUCUUUCCUGCCAGCAUGAAUUAAGUCCUCACAAUGUGAUGGGUCCUGUCUGAGCAGCCCAGUAGGACGAGACCAGCAAAUGAGAGCAGCAGGUCCAGCCGCAGUCUCAGUGACAGGCCAGGUAAGCUGUUAGCACUGGUACAGCUGAGUCAGAAAGGUUAACGGCUUUUUCUUACUAAAACCAUGCUGACUUUCUAGAUCUUAUACAUGCAAUGGACUGUAUGUAUAUAUACAUCUGUAUCUACUGAAGUAUAAAGAGUAAUAAUAAACCCCACCCGUAUACCCCAUGUGCCUCCUGACCUUCUCUGGCUCCCAGUAUUUGUGUGGAUCGACGCCUUCCUGCCCUUUAGCGUUUUUGUCUCCAUGUAUGUAUUCUUAAAGAAAAAUAAAGAGAAUUAAACCAGA